CACCCUAGCAUAGGCUGGGGGAAAGCCUUUGUCUUCUUAGGCUAUAAUGAUAAUUGGAGAGAUCAUUGUCGUCUCUUCCACCAGCAAUUCCACGGCCAAGCGAUCCAGAAGUACCAACAUAAGAUAGUCAAGGAGGCCAGGAAGCUUACUGUUGGUCUUCUCACAACUGACGACCUCACGAAGAGCCUUCGUCUGAUGUCGGCGGUGACUAUACUAGACGUCACCUAUGGGAUGGAAACUCAACAUGACAACGACCCGUACAUCGUUCUUGCUGAGAAAGCCACGCACUCGAUAACGCGAGCUGGAACUCCAGGGUCGUAUAUGGGUAAGCCAGCCUUUAUGCGGUACAUACCAUGGUGGGCUUCGGGACGUCUGUUCAAAGUAGAGGCGGCAGAAUGGAGCGAAGCAGUAUCUGCGAUGUUCACAAAGCCGCUCGAGCUCGUCAAGAAAGCGAUGAUACAAGGAACUGCAUCGCCUUCCAUUGCCAUGACCCUCCUAGGAAAACUAGAAGACAAUAGAGAAAGCUCGAAUUCCGAACGCCUCAUCCGGAACAUCGCGGGAAUGGCUCUGUCAUACUACGGUGAUUUUCUCAGAAGCUUAAUUCUCCAUCAGACUACGACAGCUCUUGGAACCACCGUGCUCGCCAUGAUCACGAACCCCACUGUACAGGCAGUGGCCCAGGAGCAGAUUGACCGUGUUGUUGGAAAGGACAGUCUUCCGGACUACACAUAUCGCGAAUCCUUACCCUACAUCAUUGCCAUCAUGUACGAAGUUCUGAAGUACGAAGGAGCAAUACAUUCACAUCGUAUGACGUAUACAGCAGUCCCACAUAGAGCGGUUGCGGACGAUGAAUACCAACGCUACCAUAUUCCCGCAGGCGCCAUCGUGGUAGGGAACUCAUGGUGCCCGAUCCUUUUUACCUCCUGUUUCCUAUUCGCAAUCAUGCAUGACCCGGUCCGCUUCCCGUACCCGGACACCUUCGAUCCCACUCGCUGGCUCACACUGGACGGGCAGCUCAGCCAGGCCACGUCGGACGCCAUGGCUGCAUUCGGCUUCGGCAGGCGGAUCUGUCCGGGGAGGCACUUCGCUAUGGAGUCUGUCUGGAUUGCCAUGGCGCACAUCCUCGCCAUGCAUAAUGUUGAAAAGCUUGUGGACGAGUCUGAGAAAGUCGUCGAACCGAGCGGAGAGUAUACACCUGGAUUGGCAUUGUAUCCUGUUCCGUUCAAGGCGAUCUUCAAGCCUCGGUCUGCAGCGGCGCGUAGCCUCAUUCAAUCUAUGGCUCUCGAUGACCAAUGUAUGCAUUUCAUCGCUCAACGACAGCUCCAGUAA